UAACCCCAUCCUUUUUACCGCGGUUUGGCGCGAAAAUCGUCCCCAAAACUCAACAAUCCCAAAUUAGGGUUUUCUCACAGUCCCGCUUCCUCGUCUCUCUCACCACACCAAUGUCGAAUCUCUCAGACCAGCUCCAACAAAUCAAAUCCCUAAUUUCUUCACCCACCAAAUCAAACAAGUCACUCGCUUACUCCACUCUGUCACACCUUCAACAACAGUCCUCCGAUGCUCUGAUUCAAACACUCGCGCUGAGCUCGCAGAGCCUUCUCCGUUGGAUCGUCGACGAUAUUCACGACGACGAUGAAGAAAUUGCGGCGCAGGCAUUGAAAUGUUUGGGUUUUAUGAUAUACCAUCCGGCCAUUGUUUCCGAAAUUUCAGUGGAGGAUGUGAAGUUGGUUUUGGAAUCAUUGGUUAAACUCAUUACAACUACGAAAAUUAAGUCGGUUUGUAAUUUAGGAGUGUGGUGCAUAUCUAUACAACAGCUGAGUGAACCACUUUUGGCUCCCCAUUUCCAUUCUCUUUUGCGCGCAGUAGUUCAUGCCAUUGACAAUCCCAUUGGUUCUCUGUCAACAACUUUUGAGGCUAUUCAGGCUGUCAUUAAGCUAGCUACUCUUUUAAGUGAGAGCAUGAGAGAGUUGUCUCAUAUAUGGGCACCUCCAAUAUAUAGAAGACUGCUUAGCUCUGAUAAGAGAGACAGGGAUAUGUCAGAAAGGUGUCUGUUGAAGAUUAGAUCCACAAUCAUACCCCCUCCAAUAGAUCUCUCCAAGGUACUUGUCAGAGAUUUAAAGACAAAGUUGCUCACUAUGAUGCACGAUAUGCUAACCAGUGGUAUGAAGGUUCAAACUAUUCAAGCAUGGGGAUGGUAUAUCCGCUUACUAGGGUCUCAUGCCUUGAAGAACAGACAUUUAAUUAAUGAUAUGCUGAAAAUUCCCGAGAAAACAUUUUCAGAUCACGACUCACAAGUUCAGAUUGCUUCCCAGGUUGCCUGGGAAGGUCUUAUUGAUGCUCUUAUUCACCCUCCAAUGAUAUUACCGUGUGCAACAAAUGCUGCAAAAGAGGAUGAUGGUACGCAAAAAAAGGGAACACAUAAAGGAAACAGUGGUGACACCCAAAACACUGGAUCUUUGAAAAGCGUAAGGCUGAUCAUGACACCACUGAUAGGCAUCAUGUUGAGUAACUGUGAUGUAUCUGUCCACAUGGCUUGCUUGAACACAUGGUGCUAUCUAUUACAUAGACUUGAUACCUCUCUGAAUGAUUCUUCAAUGAUCAACCUGGUAGUAGACCCUAUCUUUGAAGCAGCUUUUCAACUUGAUCCUGAUGGUAAGAGCUUCUGGGCUAGGGAUCUGUGCAUUAAUUUGCUUGAUGAUUUUAUAUCAGCAAAAUGUAAACCUCAAGGCUAUGAACCACGUAACCAGGUAAGCCAGCAGUUAUCAGCCAAAACCUCUAUGAAUGCUCCCAUUAUAUCUGGCAGUUGCUCAUGGAAGCAGUAUCCUAUUAAAUGGUUGCCAUGGGAUUUAAGUCUGUUGGACUUUCAUUUAAAGAUGAUCUACAGUCUCAUCCGUCAACCAUCAAGGCAAACUGUCUGCCAUGAUAACAGGGAUGCUCCCUUAAGGUUAUUUAGAGCUGUUUUGAAAGGAGUUGAACAGGAGUUCAAGAGGUCGUCCAUCGAUUAUGAUGAUAUUAUGUUGUGUUUGAAUGCAGUAUUGAAGUUCUUAAGAAAUAUGUGUGAAGAACUAAGUCUGGAUGGUAGUGACAGAAAUGGCUUGCAUCAUCUAUCACUUCAGUAUAUGGAGGCUGUCAGCGAGGUGAUAGAACCUACUCUAAUGGGAUCCCCUCUUUACAGGGUGGCAUUGAACAUCAAGUAUAUUGAAAACCUGCAAAUGAUUCCUGACGUUGGAUAUGAAAAAUCAGGUGUCUGCUCUAUUGGUUAUAUGGAACUUGUUUCGCCAAUGGUUUAUUUAAGCGUACUUUAUUUCACUGUGGUGGUUCGGUCAACUUUUAGUACGUCCAAAGCUGACUACAUUCUGCAGGGAAUGCAGCAAUAUUUUAAAUUUAUGUUAUCAUCUUUUGGUCCCCUGGAAAGUCUCGUUAUCACAACUGAAUUAUUGUACAAGCACACAGGGCCAGGCUGCUUAACGAUGUGGAUAGCAAUAGCAGAAAGUCUGAAAAACUACAUAAAUGAUGUGAAGGAUCUUUCAUUGUUCAAAAUGGACUCUGAGAGUAAGGGUUGUUAUGCCAUGAGCCAUCUAAUGUCCUAUCCACUGCUUGUAUGCUCCUGCGCCCAGAAAGACAUUAUGUCAGCAAUGAGUGGAUGUCCCUUAGAAACCCCUUCUUCUCCAUGGAUGAAUACUGAGCUUGAACAAGUUAUCACAUUAUGGAAGUCCCUCUAUGGUUCUAUCUGUACCUCACUGUCUGGGUGUAUCAUUGUUGGCAGUUUCUCUGAGGCUCUAGUUUCUGUAUUGGACAGGUGCCUUGACAAGUAUACUAGCAUGCUUACAUGUACUAACGAGCUUCACUUAAACUUCAAGGAUUUGGAUCUUCAUCUCAUUUCCUUAUAUGGUGAUGCUUUUAUGUGUAUUCUGAAAAAUUCCAGUUCUUCAGAAUCAAGUUCCGAUGGAAAUACCAAGCAUUACUAUGAUUACAAGAUCACUAGUGGCAUUAAAGGCUGCUUGACUUUGGCCAUUAGAUAUAUGAAGCUGUUGCAGACAAAGAUAGGAACAGACGCACCAAUUGGUCUUCCUAUGUUCUCUAGUUGCAGGUUAUGUUCUGCAUUGGCACUCUUCAUCAGGUCCCUUCACUUGAAGCAAGAUAUUGUUUCCUUCUUUGAGAUGAUAUCAUGUCCACUGCUUGAGUGGCUGGGAUACAUGGAAAUGCAAGAUGAGGGCACCAGUGAUCAAUUUGAACUCCUAUGGACCGAAAUGCUUAAUUGUUUAAGACGAAGUCAGCCUCCAAUAGUCUUUGAUUCUGCAUUUCUCAAACUCCAGGCCUCUAUCCUUGAGAAAACUCUUGAUCACUCAAAACUGUCCAUUUCAGAGCCAACCAUCACCUUUUGGAACUCCAUAUAUGGCGAACAGAUCAACUUGGAUUACCCUCAGACCUUGCUCCAUGUCCUGGACAAGCUCUGGAGACAGGGAAGAAUAAACCUCCACAAGAGAAGCCUACCUCUUCAAAGAUGUCAAUCUAAAUCGGAAGCCAUCACUGCUCCACCGAGAUUCACGGUCAAUACAGCACACAAUAGAGGCUCUAAAAGAGUAGAACUAGUAGAGAAUACCAGAGACACUAAGCAGAAGGAAAUGCCACAUUUGAGUUUGAAAAGGAAGAGGUCGGAACUCACUGAGCAUCAGAAGGAAGUGAGACGAGCACAACGAGGAAGGGGAAGGGAUUGUGGCGGACACGGCAUUGGUAUCCAGACUUACACAACACUCGACUUUUCACAAGGGAAUGAGGACUCACAGGGGAAUGAGGAUUUGCAAGACAGCGAAGAUAUCCGGAAUCCAGAAUGCAUUUUGCAGAUGUUGAGGAACAGAUAGUUGACUCUCCAAGAUGAACUUAUGAGGAACCGUGUAGCUUCUUUCAUGACGGUUUCCUGCAGGCCUCUUUUUCAUUAGUUAAGUUGCCCUGUUUGAUAUCACUCUAGCUAAGCCUGAAUCCCAAAUGUUUGGGAUGGGCAUGUUGUAUAUAACCACGUGUUGUAUGUACAUAACUCAUUUAUAGCAAUAUUUGUCCUUUUUCC